AUGACAACCAUAAGACAGAGAAAGGUUGGAAAAGGCACAGAAGCAGCUGAAGAUCAGCCUUCAGAGGAGAAGAAUGUGAAGCCUGAUGGGAAAAUUCUCUCUGGCCAUACAGGUGGAAAGCUGUGGAAUAUUCUCUCAAUAACUGUCGGUGCAUUUUUUGCCAUUUCUCUUGGACUUCUUACUUCUGUUUAUGUUGCUACACUACAUGAAAAUGACCUGUGGUUUUCCAAUAUUAAGGAAGUCGAAAGAGAAAUUUCAUUCAGAACAGAAUGUGGACUUUAUUAUUCCUACUACAAACAGAUGAUUCAGGCUGCUUCCAUACAGCAAGGUUUACAUGGUUUAGUAUAUGACAAUAAAACUGAAUCUGUGAGGACAAUUAACAUACUUGAAAGAAUGAAUGUUUACCAGGAGGUGUUUCUCAGCAUUCUGUAUAGGAUUCUUCCAAUUCAGCAAUACCUAGAGCCCGUUUAUUUUUAUAUCUACACUUUGUUUGGACUUCAGGCAGUGUAUGUCAUUGCUCUGUAUGUAACAAGCUGGCUUCUUAGUGGAACAUGGCUUUCAGGGCUGUUGGCAGCUUGCUGGUAUAUUACCAACAGAGUAGAUACUACAAGAGUAGAAUUCACCAUUCCCUUAAGAGAGAACUGGGCAUUACCUUUCUUUGCUGUUCAGAUAGCAGCCAUCACUUACCUACUCAGAACUCAUUUACAGCCUGUUCAAGAAAGAUUGACUCUUAUGGCUGUAUUCAUAGCAACGUUUCUCUUUAGCCUGACUUGGCAAUUUAAUCAGUUUAUGAUGCUGGUACAGGCAUUGGCAUUAUUCAUACUGGACUGCUUUGACAUGCUUCCCACAGGAAAGGUUACGUGGCUCUAUAUUAUUCAGAUUUCUGGAUUACUGCUAGUCUGUGUCCUACAGUUCUUUAAUUCUAUGAUUCUUGGAUCAUUACUUAUAAGUUUCAAUGCUUCUGUCUUGAUAGCCAGAACAAUCCAGAAAAAUCUAAAAAGGGGCAACUUGCUUAAUAGGCUUGGAAAAAUUAUCCUCCAUGUACUGUUAGUCUUGGUCUUGACUCUCCUAGUAAAUAAAUUCAUCAAGAAAAUUCUUAAUCUUGAGUCAGAUGAACAUAUAUUCAAAUUUCUGAAAGCGAAAUUUGGAUUUGGGGCAACAAGAGAUUUUGAUGCUAACCUGUACCUUUGUGAAGAAGCUUUUGGUUUACUGCCUUUAAAUACUUUUUCAAGACUCUCAGACACAUUACUUUUUUACAUCUACAUCUUUGUUCUCCUUCUAAUGGCAGUAGCAGCUGUGGUUGUUGCCUUUCGGAACCUCAGUGGUUCAAAUGAAGUCCAGUUCGUGGAAGCAGUGGAAGAAUGCACAAUAACACUGAAACCUGAUGCUGCUUACAACUUAAUUCACACCAUUCUCUUUGGAUGUCUGGCAUUAAGCACAAUGAGAAUGAAGUACCUCUGGACAUCCCACAUGUGUGUAUUUGCAUCUUUUGGCUUGUGCAGUGCAGAACUAUGGAAACUUAUCCUGAAGUGUGUUCAUCUCUACACAUCACGGCGGACAUAUGUGAUUAAGUAUUCUCUACCAAUAAUUACAUUGCUAUACAUUUCAUACAAGUUCUGGCCAGGAAUAAUGGAUGAAUUAUCAGAGCUGAGAGAAUUCUAUGACCCAGACACUGUGGAGCUGAUGAACUGGAUUAAGUCAAACACUCCAAACACAGCAGUGUUUGCUGGGAGCAUGCAGCUAUUAGCAGGAGUCAAACUGUGCACUGGACGGACCUUAACUAAUCAUCCCCAUUAUGAGGAUAAGAAUCUGAGAGAGAGAACAAAACAGAUUUAUCAGAUCUAUGCCAAGAGGUCUCCUGAAGAUGUGCACAGGAUCCUGCUCUCCUUUGGCACAGACUACGUGAUCCUGGAAGACAGUAUCUGCUACGAGCGAAGGCACAGCAGAGGCUGCCGGUUACGAGACCUGCUCGAUGUAGCCAAUGGCCACAUCAUGGAUGGUUUGGGAGAAAACGAACCUGAUUUGAAACCUUCGUUGUUUCCUCGCUUCUGUGAGGAAAUUAAAAAAAACCUGCCUUCUUACACCAUACACUUCACUAGAGUGUUUCAAAACAAAACAUUCCAUGUUUACAAACUUGCUAAGCAUAAAUAA